GAGGCUUUGAAUGGCUGUGAUUGCACUGUUAAUAGUUUUAUUUAUACUGGCCUUCUGGUCUUGGCCAGACUUGCGCUCGGUUAAAAGAGUAUGCCAUAUGAGCAUUAUUGUUCGAAGGUUUUCUUCUGGUUAGACUGGAAGGAGUAUUUGCUAUUGGCAAAGAAUGAUGCUUCCAUUCACAGGUAUAGUCCUGCAAAGCACAAUAUCAUUUGCUGCGGAAAAGAGGUGUCACCGCGUCCUUCUUUCCCCAGGGAUAUUUACAACAGGUACAAAAAGAAAAAGUCAAGAGAUGAAGAGGUCUAUGCUUUCGACGGACAAAUAUGUUCAUACAUUGACUUCGUAUUAGAAAGUAAAACCAUACCCGCCUUUAGAUCAAAUGUCAGGAAUAUCCCCACUGUGUCAGAUGAAAAUGCAUCACUAUCACAGCAAGUGGAUUUCCUUGAAGAACUCUUUGCUGCUGCUCUCGCUUUGUACAAAAGAAAAGUAAAAUUGACACACAGUGAAGCAGUAUUCAACGACUUCCUUGUCGAGCCAUUUUUAAAAGUUGUUAGUUAUUCCAUCAGUGAAGAAAAAUACGCCUGGCUGGAUGUUGGUUUUUUUCCUGGUGAAGAGCAUCUGUUAUCAAUGACUAGACAAUUAAAGCAAAAGGGGCAGUUCAAAGACGGUAGAUUCUGUUACAAUGCUGACGGAGUCAUCAGGCUGCAAGAUUUCCACGAUAUUGAAGUCUGCGUUGCAGAAGUCUCUGGUGUGUUUAAAAACACCGACAUGACUAAAGUAAAUUUCGAUCACCACAAAGGCAUGUUCGCCGUUCUUUCGAUGCUCAAGACAGUAGCGGACGAACUGAAGUAUGCCUCACUUGAUAUCUUUCAGACGGUAAAAAUUUUCUUUGUUCAUGCUGCAGAGGACAAGGUAAAGCUCUGGUCUUUAGAAGAUGUUUUGGAGAUAAAACCUGAUUUUAAGGACAAGGAGGAAUUCCUUAAGCAGACAAUUCGAUUUUAUUGGAACUUCAAGAACUCGGAUAGUUCUAGGGAGAAUAUUAAGCAGAAUUUAAAGCAAGCAAGAUACUCUUUCUCCCCUCCUCCUUUGCUUUCUCAACUUGUGAACCCAAGCAUUGUCAGAUUGACGGAAAAAGACCAUUGUAAGGGCAUGGCUAGCUAUGGUCCCUUUGAUUCGCCUGAGCAUGACUAA